UGCAACAAAUUUGUUUAACCUGUUACGCAAUCUGUAACACGGGAGAGAAUGAUAUAAUGCCCGUGAAGGGAACAAUAAAAAAAUUCGAGAAGCUCGAGACAAUGAUUAAAUAAGUAAUUUUUUUAAUCGUUUCAUUUCGCUUUUUCAUCCGUGAAACUUUUUUAUGCGUGGCAGUUUCAGCCCCAUUACAACGGUUAAUCGAGGUUCUACUUUGGCGAGUCUCGAACAGAGAUGGGCAAAAUUCUUAUCUUGAUAAAAAUCUCGAUUAACGAGUACAGAGUUAACUUUUAAUUCGUUACUGGUCAGAUAAGAAUUAGCGGUCUCGUUAUCUACGAACUAAUUUGGCUAAAAAUUUGUUUGCUCAAUGUGUACUAGUUCUAUACAGAUUUUAAUUAACUUAAUAGACUCUGUACGUAUAACGAGCAGCGUAUUUAAAUUUUCCCGAAAUUUGAACGCUAAAGGGCGCGGUGUAUUUAUGCGAAUUUCCAUGAAACGAGAAAACACAAUAAUGGGGUGCUCACUUUAGGAAAUCCCGUUGGAACAAGAUUUCGUUUAAUCUCGGAAAUUUCGGGGUGCUUCGGUCUAUAGCCGAGCUUAGGGUAACUCCGUUUACUUAAGAAACGUCGUUGCGCAUUUUUUACGGAAUGUCGCGUCGGUCUUACUCCGAGGCUUGAAUAAUGGGUGUCUGUAACAUCACCGAGAAGGAACAGGGGAGUCCUGCGAGAGGCACCAAAGCAUGUACCACCCCUUUGUUCUUUCCUGCAUAAUGGACAUGCAUUGUAUCUCUUUCUUGCCGACUUUUUAAUGUACAAUCUACACGUUGGAAUUGAAAGAAAAAUCGAUGGCCCAAAUCGUUAGAAGUGAAACGCACAAGAGACGUACGACUUCGGUCUCAAGGGGUUUGACUCGAGUUUUCUUUUCACCGGGAUUUCCUUUUUCCGUCUCUUUUGCCUCGGUAAUCACGUAACGAUGCUCGAUGAUCGAAACUUUCUCGGAAAAUGCGAAGAUUCCUCCCCCUGAAUGGGGAACAUUCCGUGCACGUUUCAUCGACAAGUUUAUCUUUUAAUGCGUUUACGUUUCCGUGUGCAGCAUUUAAGAGGGAAUAAGAAAAACGAAAAAUCGUAUCCUCGAAUCCUCAGAGUUGAACGGCAUUAGCUGGAAAUGUGUUUUAAAGUAAACUGUACUUCCGAACAAAGUUUAACUUUGGAAAUAAAACAAAACAUGUACAUGUAAUAAAUUUCGUAGUAUGCGUGUUUCCUUUAAUUUAGAUCGUAGUACUCCGUUUAUCGACAAUCUCGCGUGUCGAUCAAUCAAUAAGAGCGAAUGGAAAUGCACUGCAAUUGUCAGCAAUUGUGUACGAUUAUUAUCGUACUUCAUGCUUUACAGAUAUCGCAGUUUAUAUCGCGGUCGUAAACAUUUUCAGCAUUAUCGAUACACGUUGCGCUCCAUUUCUCUAUAUCGAAUUUGUUCAUGUUUUAGUUCGAGUCGGUUCAAGUUGCACGAUAUGGCGUGAGUUUUAAUUGUAGGUUAUGUCGCAGGUCGGUGAUUUUGCAAGUUCUUUCGUACGACAACGAAAUGUGACGAUUGAAUUCUUUUUAUAAUGCUUGUUUAUACGCGAUACGUCAGUUAAUUUGAAUCUACGUUGAAAUUAUGUCAUACGUUUUAUUGUAAAUAGUUUUACUCGUUAACCGGUCGAUCGAUCUGUUAAAAUACAUAAGUGUAGGUUCGCGUUAAGUUUAAUACUUGUUCUUAAUAUCUUGCAAAAAUGGAUGAUCAAGCUUGUCCAAGAUGCAAGACUACCAAAUAUCGGAAUCCAUCGUUGAAAAUGAUGGUAAACGUUUGCGGACACACUUUGUGUGAAAGCUGUGUAGACUUAUUGUUUCUUAAAGGUUCUGGAUCUUGCCCAGAAUGCAGAAUUCCUUUACGUAGAGCAAAUUUUCGUGUACAAUUGUUUGAGGAUCCGAUGGUAGAGAAAGAGGUAAACAUAAGGAAGAGGAUACUUCGGGACUUUAAUAAAAAGGAAGAGGACUUUGGAUCUUUACGAGAAUACAACGAUUACUUAGAAGAAAUUGAAACAAUUAUAUAUAAUUUAACUAACGACAUCGAUGUAAUAGAAACAAAUAAAAAGAUAGACCAGUACAAGAAGGACAACAGAGAGCAAAUAACGAAAAGCAAAUCUAAACUUGGUAGAACUGAAUACGAGCUAGAAGAAAUGAUAGAGUUGGAGAAGCAGAAGGAAGAGGAGAGAAGGAUGGAAUUGGUUAAAGAAGAAAUGGAAGCUAAAAAGAAAAAGAUUCGAGAGAAGGAAGCACUGAUAGAUGAACUUACAUUUUCUGAAGGAAAUGCAAAAAAUAUCGUAGAAACAUUUGCAUCCGCUAUACAAGCAUCUAAAAAGGAAACAAAAGCGGUAACUUCUAAAGUUACUCAGUUUAGCACAGGAAUAAAGUUUGGCAACCAAGGAACUCAGAAUUAUAUGUCUGUGCCAAAAAUCGACGAAGGACCUUUGUACUCUUACACUCCUAUUCGACAAUCAACCGAUGGCCCAACACCACCUGGUUGGCGAGAACUGCAAGCUCGUGGUUACGUUGCUUACGUACGUGGUGAAUCUUCUUCCGAAAGGGCAGGUGGAUUCAAGGCACAUGUUGCAUGUUUAAGGGCGUUACAAGAAGCUAUGGCUGGCUUAUACCAUAAUCCCUCGCAACAUCAAACAGAAUUUACAAGUGUAUAACUGUAUAGACUGUUUUAACGCCAAGGAAACUAUACCUAUAGUUUUGUACAUAGGCUAGUACUUUCCAAUUCUUCGAAUUGUCAUAUGCAACUCAGAAUUUCCGACUAAUUGUCGUUCAAGAAAUAUAUGCCAAGUUGAUUAAAUGCAUGUGAUAUAAUUACUAAUUACAGGUACACGUGCCUUGUGUAUUUAUCUAAUUUUUGUAUCGUAUAUAGCAUGAAAUGUAUACCAUGAAAAUUGUACAACUUCAGUACCUGGCCACUCAUCGAAUACCUACAAAGAAAAACCAUUUUUCCGUUUCCCCACAAAAUAAAAUUCAUUUUGUUAAAUCUUGUGAUAUACGUUAUCAUCUCUUAUGUUUUACGUACAUCCACCUUCUCAACGAUCGAUAUGUUAUAAAUUAUUUGUAUCGCUAUUUAUGAAAAUGUUAAUGUUGAAAUAUAACUUUCGUAAUUA